AAAUAUGAUCACAGUUAUGUAAUUCAUCUCUUAAAGCAAUCAUGGUACACUGAAACAGUGGUCCCAAACAGCAUUUGGCAAUUGCCUAUUGUUUUCUGUAGUAUACUGAAUUAGUCAGCAAAAUUCUCACGCGUUAUUCUGCUAUAAUAGUGGUACAAUGAGACUCAAGCAUCUUAAAUUAUCACACUCAAAUGUGUUCUCACUUUGUUUUUUCGUAGUCUUCUUUUUGUCUUUAACACAAUCUCACCAUGAAUCAUGUUGCAUUUCUCUUCACAAUAACGUUUUUUCUUCUUUGUUUUGAUGGCAAUGCACAGCAAAAUUACUCUGGGAAUUCAAUUCUCAGCUGCAAGAAUGAUGACAAAAUGGGGCCUUCACCUUCAUUCCUUUAUACCUGCAAUGGCCUCAACAAAUCAUGCAUGGCCUUCUUAAUCUUCAAAUCAAGGCCUCCUUUUAACACCAUACUCACAGUUUCCAACCUCACAUCAUCAAACCCAGAAGAGCUUGCAAGAAUCAAUGGUGUAACUGUGCUCACAGAGUUCCCAACUGGGAAAGAAAUGAUUGUCCCUCUGAACUGUUCUUGUUUAAGUAGGGACUAUUACCAAGCUGAAACUGAAUAUGUAUUGGGGCAAUCCCCAACGUAUUUCACAGUGGCAAAUAAUACUUUUCAGGGUUUGACCACUUGUGAUUCGCUCAUGCGUGCUAAUCCAUAUGGGGAAUUUGAUUUGCUUCCUGGCAUGGAGUUGCACGUGCCACUCAGAUGUGCUUGUCCAACAAUGCAUCAGGUCACGGACGGCACCAAGUAUUUGCUGACAUACUCGGUGAACUGGGGUGAUAACAUUACAAGCAUUGCUACAAGAUUCAGUGUAGCAGCAAGGAAUGUGGUUGAUGCCAAUGGUUUUAACACACCAACAGAAUCUCUUUUUCCCUUCACAACUGUUCUGAUUCCUUUGCCAAGUGAACCUCUGAGUUCAAUGACCAAAGUUGUUAGUGAUCCACCAGAUAUGUCACCUCCUCUUGUUUGCAGCUCCAUGAAGUGCAAGUCAAAGAGGAAAUUCUACACUGCUAUUGCCACCACGGGGGGUUCCAUUGUGGUUCUGUGUGCUGUCCUUUAUGGGGUUUUUCUGUUCAGAAAGAGAUCUGCAAGGUUCGUUAAGAGAGGUGAAGAAGGUGAGAAAGCAAAGAGGUUAUCUUCAGAUGAUAUCCGUGGUGAGAUAGCAAUCAUUGAGCAUCACUCUAAAGUUUAUGAGUUUGAGGAAAUAAAGGAGGCCACAGAAAAUUUUAGUUCAAAGAAUAGAGUUAAAGGUUCAGUGUUUCGUGGGGUAUUUGGUGAAGAGAAGAACAUAUUGGCUGUUAAAAAAAUGAGAGGAGAUGCAUCCAAGGAAGUGAAUUUGCUGAAAAGAAUCAAUCAUUUCAACCUGAUAAAGUUGCAGGGUUACUGUGAAAACGAUGCUUGUUCUUAUCUUGUUUAUGAGUAUAUGGAAAAUGGCUCUUUGAGAGAAUGGCUAAGCAAAAACAGGACUACCGAGCACCAGAUUUUGGCAAAGAGGAUUUUGAUUGCUCUGGAUAUUGCCAAUGGUCUUCAGUAUCUUCACAACUUCACGGAACCUUCUUAUGUGCACAGGAACAUAAACAGUGGAAACAUUCUUCUAAACAAAGAUCUGAGAGCCAAGAUAGCAAAUUUCGCACUUGCUGAAGAAUCAGAAAGGAAAAUAACUUCCAGUUGUGCCUUGUCAGAUAUGGAGAGUGGUUAUAUUGCUCCAGAGUAUCAUGAGGCAGGGAUAGUCACCGCCAAAAUGGACGUUUAUGCUUUUGGAGUGGUACUGUUGGAAUUGAUCACAAGUAAUGAUUUUGUUACUAUACCAGAAGAGAGAGAAGCAAUGCUUCAUGUAGUCAUAGUAAACUUCAUUGAAAAGGAGAAUGAAGAAGAGAAGGUGAGUUUGUUCGUUGAUCCUAGCUUCACUGGAAAUAAUGAGAAAGUGUGUGCUCUCCAGCUAGUUAAAUUAGGUCUAACCUGCUUGAUUGAAGAAGCAGAAGAGAGGCCAAGCAUGGUAGAGGUAGUCUCUAGCUUAUUGAAAAUAUAUGUAAGUUAUAUGGACCAAAUAUUACCACUUAGCAUCAACAGUAGUCCCAGCAUCCACAAUAGUCUCAGCAUGGAGAUGUGAAAAUAUACUUUGGCUAGCUGAGAUAGAAUGUAGAAUUCCAUUACUUUUGCAAUUAAUUUGAAUAUAUUAUACGUAUUUCAUGUAAAAUUUUAAAUUGAUUCAUUUAAACAGACAUUACUUAGUCCUCUAGCAUCUGUUUUUACCAAUCGUUAUUCCUUUACACGGUGGCCACCUGAUUUCUUAUUAACUGAAUAAAACGUAACGAGUAAACAAAAAGAUAGCUGAAUAUAGGUAUUGUGAGGAAAGUGAUCUUUAUUGUUAGUUUUCGGAGAUAGCAGAGUUUAAGAGUCUAUUCCAAAAAGUAGCAGUGUGAUAAAUUAGAAAAAAAAUGUGAAUGUAAUGAAUAUACCGCAACAGCAUCAAUAAUUACAAGUACAAAAAAUCAUCAACUCGUUGAAGCUAAUGCCUAAAGCACACCUUGACCUUGGUUUCUAAUAACAGGCCAGGCUUUAUAUGAAGAAAGAAUGAAAAAACAAUAUGUUAAUGGAGUAUCUCUGUGUACUUAAUAUGGAAAAGUCCCCGUCAUCUUGAUGUGGUGAAGGGUCCUUUGUAGACCAUAUUUACGCACUGCUUUUUGACCUGCCCUAAACCCAUCUCCAUAAACAGGGGAAAUGUCUGAUUCAAUCUGGUGUUUGAAGAACUCCCCAAGCUUCCUCUCAAA